AAAGUGAAAUGGAGAGAGAGAGAGGAUUAGAGCACGCCCCUGAAGCCCAUUUUCAGUUAAUAGUUUUACCUUCCCGAUCGAGUCGCGUGUGCACGGGAACCAUGCGCGCUUUUCAAGGGGGACGAAACUAACCUUUUCACCUCUUUUGGGAUGUGAAGAAUGUAGCUAGACUACACGUAUGUGUUAUUUACAUUAAACAGUAUUUUGAGUAAAUAGUUCGUUUUGUUGAUGAACUCUGCAAGAUACACAGAGUAUAGCUGUAGUUUUUGCAGCGGGUUGUAGCCUACGUGCGUUCUGGACGGUUGACUAAUGUGGAUCAGCGGACAGGGCACGCGACUCGAGUUGUUUAUUAUAACGUUUUACAAUACCACGGUAGGCUUCGAGGAGGAGUAGCCUACAUAGGAAACCGGGAAACCUGGGCAAGGUGGGGCAGAACCGGAGACCGUAAACGGGAUUAUUGAAAAACUCACGUUGCCUUGAAGCUUCGCACCGUAGUUGAACCACCGCAGCUACGCAGCGUUUUGGGGGAAAAAUAUUUUUCUAACCCAUUGGAAUUGGGGAAGCUUUAUUCCCAACUCCUUGGCGAUUAGUCUACGCUUCAAGUAGCCUAGGCUACAGAGAGCAGAACAGUUUGUAUUCACAAAAACGUCCGUUUGUUGUGAUUAUUUGCUUUGGAACAUACGUUUCAGGACGGAUUUGCGGGGAAUUAUUUCCCCAGCCUCGCUGGACCAUGGCGGACGACGACGUACUGUUUGAAGAUGUGUACGAGCUGUGUGAGGUCAUUGGAAAGGGUCCGUUCAGCGUGGUGAGGAGAUGUAUCAACAGAGACACAGGACAGCAGUUUGCUGUGAAGAUUGUAGAUGUGGCCCAGUUUACCUCCAGCCCUGGACUCAGCACAGAGGAUCUGAAGAGAGAGGCCAGUAUCUGCCACAUGCUGAAGCACCCUCACAUCGUAGAGCUGGUGGAGACAUACAGCUCAGAUGGCAUGCUCUACAUGGUCUUCGAGUUUAUGGAUGGAGCAGACCUGUGUUUUGAGAUCGUGAAGAGGGCAGAUGCUGGCUUUGUGUACAGUGAAGCAGUGGCCAGUCACUACAUGAGACAGAUCCUAGAGGCACUACGGUAUUGCCAUGACAACAACGUCAUCCAUCGAGACGUGAAGCCCCACUGUGUCCUCCUGGCGUCUAAAGAGAACAGCGCUCCAGUGAAGCUGGGAGGGUUCGGCGUGGCCAUCCAACUGGGAGAGUCAGGACUGGUGGCUGGAGGUCGUGUAGGAACACCCCACUUCAUGGCCCCAGAGGUGGUGAAGAGGGAGCCUUAUGGUAAGCCAGUAGAUGUGUGGGGCUGUGGCGUCAUCCUCUUCAUCCUGCUCUCUGGCUGCCUGCCCUUCUACGGCACAAAGGAACGCCUGUUUGAAGCCAUCUGCAGAGGCAAAUACAAGGUAUUAAACCCCAGGCAAUGGGGCCAUAUCUCAGAGAGCGCUAAAGACCUGGUGAGACGGAUGCUCAUGCUGGACCCUGCAGAGAGAAUCACUGUCUACGAGGCGCUCAACCACCCCUGGCUCAAGGAGAGAGACCGUUAUGCCUAUAAGAUCCACCUGCUAGAGACGGUGGAACAGCUGAGGAAGUUCAACGCCAGGAGAAAGCUCAAGGGAGCCGUACUGGCAGCAGUCUCCAGCCACAAGUUUAACUCCUUCUACGGAGAUCCACCAGAGGAGAUGCCUGACUUCUCUGAAGACCCCACAUCCUCGGGACUACUUGCAGCAGAAAGGGCUGUGUCUCAGGUGCUGGACAGUCUUGAGGAGAUCCAUGCGUUGACCGACUGCAGUGAGAAAGAUAUGGACUUCCUACACAGUGUCUUCCAAGACGAGCAUCUACACACACUACUAGAUCUUUACGACAAGAUCAACACCAAGUCCUCCCCCCAGAUCAGAAACCCCUCUAGCGAUGCUGUGCAGAGAGCCAAAGAGUCACCCCUGACUCCUCCUAUGAGGACCAACAACAUCAUCAGAGGUCACAUGUAUAACUGUCCCUCCCUGUGUCCUCCUCCUGGUCUAAAGAGCUCCACCCAAGACGACGCAAGUGCCGCUUUGAAACACCUGGAAUAUGUAUUGGAAGAGAUCUCUUGUUACCCGGAGAACCACGACGUCAAGGAGCUCAGACGGAUACUGACCCAGCCGCACUUUAUGGCCUUGCUCCAGACCCAUGACGUGGUGGCCCAUGAGGUGUACAGUGAUGAGGCUCUGAGGGUCACGCCCCCGCCCACCUCGCCCUACCUGAACGGAGAAUCGCCCGAGAGCACCAACGGGGACAUGGACCUGGAGAACGUGACUCGAGUACGACUGGUGCAGUUCCAGAAGAACACUGACGAACCUAUGGGCAUCACGCUGAAGAUGAACGAUCUGAACCACUGUAUCGUAGCCAGGAUAAUGCAUGGAGGAAUGAUCCACAGACAAGGAACACUGCAUGUAGGAGACGAGAUCAGAGAGAUCAACAGCAUCAGUGUGGCCAACCAGACCGUAGAGCAACUCCAGAGGAUGUUGAAAGAGAUGCGAGGCAGCAUCACCUUUAAGAUAGUGCCAAGCUACCGGACACAAGGAUCCUCCUGUGAGAGAGAGUCCCCCUCCACCUCCAGGCAAUCCCCUGCCAAUGGCACUGGCCACUCCAGUGUUAACAGUUCUAUCUUGGAUCUGCCGUCUACCAUCCAACCCAAGGGUCGACAGAUGGUCGUACCCAGACCUCCAAUCAAGGAUAAAAUGUCCAUCAAGAUCUAUGUGAGGGCCCAGUUUGAGUAUGACCCCUCCAGAGAUGACCUCAUCCCAUGCAAGGAGGCCGGGAUUCCCUUCCGGGUCGGUGACAUCAUCCAGAUCAUCAGUAAGGACGACCACAACUGGUGGCAGGGCAAACUGGAGAACACCAAGAACGCCACCGCAGGGCUCAUACCCUCACCAGAACUCCAGGAGUGGCGUGUGGCAUGUAUAGCCAUGGAGAAGACUAAGCAGGAGCAGCAGGCCAGCUGUACCUGGUUUGGCAAGAAGAAGAAGCAGUACAAAGACAAGUACCUGGCCAAGCACAACGCAGUAUUCGACCAACUAGAUCUCGUCACGUAUGAAGAGGUUGUGAAACUGCCUGCGUUUAAGAGGAAAACACUAGUCUUGUUAGGUGCCCAUGGAGUGGGCAGAAGACACAUCAAGAACACACUCAUCACAAAACACCCGGACAGAUUUGCCUACCCCAUCCCACAUACGACCAGACUUCCUAAGAAGGACGAGGAGAACGGGAAGAACUACUACUUUGUGUCACAUGACCAGAUGAUGCAGGACAUCAGUAACAAUGACUACCUGGAGUACGGUAGUCACGAGGACGCCAUGUACGGCACGCGGCUAGAGACCAUUCGCCAGAUCCACGAGCAGGGACUCAUCUCCAUACUGGACGUAGAGCCACAGGCUUUGAAGGUCCUGCGGACAGCAGAGUUUGCUCCCUACGUUGUUUUCAUCGCCGCGCCAACCAUCACCCCUGGCAUCAACGAGGAUGAGUCAUUGCAGCGUCUUCAGAAGGAGUCAGAGAUUCUUCAGAAGACCUAUGCCCAUUACUUUGACCAGACCAUAAUCAACAACGAGAUAGACGAGACCAUCAGACACCUAGAGGAGGCUAUAGACCUGGUCUGUACCACUGCACAGUGGAUCCCUGUGUCCUGGGUCUACUGAGGAUAGGAAGGAGCACCUUCUCUCCUCCCCUCUGUGUCUUUCUGGGUCCACUGUACCUGUAUAGACACCACCCCCUCCCUCUCCCCUCCAAUGACUCCUCUCUUUCUCUCCUCCCUCCUCCCUUUCUCACUGGGGAUGCAUCUCUGCGAUAACUCCCAUCAUUCCUUCGGAAAAGCACCUCAACCAAUCAGAAACCUCUGUGUACUGCACAUGACCUUCAGCAGCCAAUGAAACUCUGCCCUUACAGACUACCUAGCCGUAGUGUUGUAUAAACAAAUAAGUAUUGUCAUGUCUGUAUUAUCUAGGAGGCAACAUUUUUGCAGAUGUUUGUUUUAAAGAGACAGUACUGUAUCUCCUCCCCGGUAGUGCACUGCAGCCUUCUACAUCAUGUGACUGUCUGUGCCCCAUCAUCCCAUCCAUCAUGGAUGUUGUAGUUCUUAGCUGUCCCUCUGUUGUAGUUUUUCCCCUAAUCUACAAUUGCUGUUUGCGGGUAUUCUCUUCCUCUCUCUCUGGACAGACUGAAGAAAAACACCACCGCCUCCCUUUAUCUGGAUCUCAUCCUCAACUCCUUUUAUUUAUCUGCUCAUUAACUCCUCUCCAUUAUUAGCCAUUAUCGUCUACUUCAUUCACAUAAUCUUUCUCUGUCACCCUCUUAUUGUUCAUGUAGUUCAGUUUCAUCUUGGUUCAUUUUGACUGUACAUGUUAUUACACCCGAGUGGUGCAAGCUACUGCAUCUCAGUGGUAGACUUCACUACAGACCCUGGUUCGAUUUCAGGCUGUAUCACAACCGGCCGUGAUUGGGAGUCCCAUAGGGUGGCCCACAUUUGGCCCAGCAUCGUCCGGGUUAGGCUGUCAUUGUAAAUAAGAAUUUGUUCUUAACUGACUUGCCUUAAAAAAUAUAUAUAUAAAAACCCUAGCCACCCCCUUCUCCCCUUCAUACACACACUCAGACGGGGUACUGUCUCUUCUAAAUGAAUCCAUAAAUGUUUUAGACAUUUCAAUGAGGUCCCAUGCAUGUUGGACAUUCGCAAGCUUCCAUGCCGUCUGUCCGUGUUCCCCCAGUGUCCUGCUGUAACAUCCUCCCAACUGAAAACCAACAUUCCACACAUCUGGAAGACUCCACUUGACCAAGGGAGGAAGCAAGGGGAACAGGAAAUAACCAACUAAAAGAACCUUGACACCUAUGCACAUACCUUGGCAUUUCAGAUGACAUUUCUAAAACCAGAUUUUUCCAAAUCGACCAUGGUAUCAAUGUGUUUGUAAAAACACAUGUGUGGUAGAACUUUAUAAUUACUCCACGUAAUAAACAUUUAAUGGAUUAGUAAAUAGUAUACAAAGGUGUAUACAAAGGAGUAAUGAUUCACAAAUGAAUAAAUGUAAGUAACCUAGUUAUUCAUACACAACUUUAAGUAUUUAAUGAUUCAUAAGAUCAUAAGUUGUUUAAAAUAGGACCUUAUAAACCAUUUACUAAUUAUUAGUAACUCUUUUUGCAUGGCCUCAUCUAAAGUGUGGGCUAUUGAUACUUUAAUGUUUUGAGUGCAGUAUAAUUUCUCACAAAAAGAUGGACAUUGGUAGAGACAUUCCAGCAGUAUCUGAUGCUCCUCAAGGCCUUAAAAUGGCCCCUAUAACAUAUCAAUGGUGAAACAAUAAGCACACAAUAGAGAUCAAAUAUAUUGAACAUUUUAUUCCAUCUAUUUAUCCAUCCACGUAUUAAAUAUUGCGUAAUUUCGUCAGCUGUGUGAAUAAGUUCUGGGUUUAUAUGUAUUAGAAAUUGGAAGUACCGGUUUGCAAAGUCUCCACCCUGGCAAAAAUAAACUUGGUUUGCAUUCGCAAGCCUAACAACAAUAGCAAAAUAUUCACAAUACAACUCUUCCUCAAGUCCUUGCAACGGUUGUGUGACAACAGUUCUUGUGAAUAAUGUUCAAUAUAGUUAUUUUAACAUCCCUUUGUUUUAUGCCUAUUGUUUCACCAUUGAUAUGUUCUAGGCUAUUUUGAGGCCUUAAGAAGCAUCAGAUACUGCUGGAAUGUCUCUACCAAUGGCAUGUCCAUCUUCUUGUGACAAAUUAUACUGCACUCAAAACAAAGUAUUUAUAAAGUACAAAUAGCCCACACAUUAGAUGAGGCCACGCAAAAAGACAAAUUAUUAUUAAAGAGUUCAUAAGGACCUAUAUUAAACAGCUUAUGAAUGGAUUAAUGAUGAAUAAACUAUUUACUAAUCCAUUAAUGCUUUAUCACGUGUAGAUAUUAUAAAGUUCCACCAAAAUUGUCUGUGAUUUGUUGUAUAAGAUAAUCAAGAGGGGAGGGGAUAAAAUUACAACUGAUUGCUGAUUUGCCAUUUCAGAAAUGUGUUGUCUGAGAGUAUUUCAAUUAAGUUUAAUCAAUGAAAGAUGAAUGCUGAUUUGUAUUCUGCAACUGUAUAACUAUAUGGAAAGGAUAUUUACACUACGUUUUGCAAGGUGAAGUCUUUGCAACGGAAUAGGAGGUAGUUUGUGCAUCUGAAUAACCGUGUAUAUGAAAUAUGACUGAUGAUAUGAUUGCCCCAGUGUAAAAUAGUCUACAAUGAUAAAGUUCUUCCGUAUGAACAGUUUUUUUCACAUAUAUUUCCUUUUAUGUGUUGGAAAAAGUAA